UAGUCCGUAUGUUCUACAAUCAAUAAUAUUAUUUAUGUGUAUGUACUACAUUGUAAUGUAUUACGUGCUAUCGUAUCGUAUCGUUCUCACAUUAUAGGUAUAGUAGAAAUCACCGCAUUACACUAAUUCAUUCAAAUAAUUUAUUUCAGAAUAAAUAUUCCAUAUUUAAUUACAUUUACAUUUAAAAUAAAAUAACUAAUCCUAAAUUAAAACUAAGCCCGGUUAUAUUUAAUUGGUCUGACCCAAGAAGAAUUGUUUUUGUUUAUCAAAGCGGCUUUAGCAAUAGCAAGGUGCCGCGCAGCCGGAAUACAAUAAGGCGCAUGAUACUCACGCCGCUUCAAGAUUCACAAGGUGCUCACAAGAGUCACAAGCAAAAUGGCGUCGCAGACCUCAGCUGCGGCACAAGAAAAUGAUAUUAAAAUCAGUAUUAAGAAUGGGAACAGUCAGUUCAAGGAAAAUUUUUAUGUACAACUCGGUAAUUUCUACAAGGAGCAGAUAGGAACGGUGAAAAAGCCGUGGACGCAUGACCGUGUCGCGGAGGUGAUUCGGCACAUUGAGACAGGUAAGGAGGCCGUGGAUGCCGGCGUUCGUCGGACGUCCAUGCAGUAUUACUGGACCACCAAAUAUGAUGUCACUCAAAUAGGAAGCAAAACUUACCUUAUUUUGAAAAAGAAAGCGCCUGAAGAUGCUACUGUUCGAGUGAUUCCUAUGGAACAAUAUUUUGAGUUGUUGUUUGAAAUACAUCAGGAAAUAGGACAUGGUGCCCGUGACAAGAUGCUGCACAACAUUAAGAACAGAUUUUAUAUCCAGAAAAAGGCAAUAGAAAUAUUUGUUGCCUUGUGCCCAACAUGUGAAGUGAAACGAAAUUUUCCAAAAAAAGGCACAGUACCCAAGCAAGUUUCGUUGCAACCUACCAAAGAUUUUAACAGCCGAGGGCAGGUUGAUGUGAUUGAUCUUCAAUCAGCACCUGAUGGAGAUUUCAAAUGGUUAUUAAUGUACCAAGAUCAUGGUACAAAGUUCAUGCAGCUGCGACCCCUGCAAACUAACCUGCCCUCUGAACUUGCCUUGGAAUUAGUUAAAAUAUUUUUGACUUUUGGAGCUCCUUUCGUGUUACAAAGCGAUAACGGCUACGAAUUUACUACUAAAGUUGUUGAGGAAGUCCUAAAAAUCUGGCCGGACUGCAAAAUACUUCAAGGAGGAGCGAGGCACCCGCAGACACAGGGCAGUGCUGAGUGCAGCACCCGCGACGUGGAGGACAUGCUGUACACAUGGAUGCGAGACAACCGGUCCACUAACUGGUCUCUCGGAUGUCACUUUGUUCAGUAUCAAAAGAAUGCAGCAGUUCACAGAAGUAUCUGCAGAACUCCCUAUCUUGCAUUAUUUGGAUAUGAUCCAACAGAACAGAGCUCACAUGUUCCUUUCAGUGAUCUUGAAUCUAUUCAAACUGAUGAGGAUUUAGAAAAAGUUUCUCAUCAUGUUGAUGAAGCAAAAGUUACUAGUGUUACUACCCACAAACAAAUAAAUGAUUCCAACUCUUUUAAACAAUAUAAUGCAAGUUCUGGUUCCAACAGUGAUAAUGAUAAAAUGCUCCUCAAUGAUGGGAGAAUGGGGCUGGAUUCCUCAACUUCUAACAAUGCGCAUACCAUGGAGGAAGCAGAGUGGAGCGAAGAGCCAGAGUGGUUGGAGCAGGAGGAUGAGCAGCCAGAGACAGCCAACCGCAGGCCGGAGACGGGAGAGGCGAGACCGGAGACAGAAGAGGUGAGACCGAAGCCCCCCCAUGUGAAGACAGGGCCCGUCUCUGUCAAGCAUGUGACUUUGAAGGAUACUGUCCAUGAGGAGCCGGCCGCGCGUGUCAAGAACGAGCCCGAGGACCAGCGGCAGUUCCGUUUCGAGAUCACGCUGGAGCCGCUCCACGAGGACGAGCUCCCCCUGGGCGGGUGCGGGGGUGGGGGCGGGGGCGGGGGAGGGGCGCGAGAGGCGUGGGCGAUACGCGGCGCGGGCCGGAGGCGCGCGGCGCACUCCUGCAUGAUAUGCGAGAAACAAUUCCGCAAACCGUGUAUGUUAAGUAUACACAUGAGAACACACACUGGCGAGAAACCCUACGGGUGCAACCUUUGCAACAAGCGGUUCAUUAGUCCGACGUAUCUGAAGAAGCACGAAUUCAGGCACACGGGCGAGAAACCGUACUCUUGCGCCACCUGCCAUAAGAGAUUCUCGAACUCGCACCACCUUCAAGUACACGUAAGAUUACACACAGGGGAAAAACCAUACUCGUGCAAACUGUGCAACAAGGACUUCACGCAGGUGGCGACUUUGAAGAAACAUGAGCGGAUCCACACAGGAGAGAAACCGUACGAGUGCGCCGUGUGCGAGAAAGGGUUCAUAUCGUCCAGCUACCUCAAGAGGCACGCGCAGAUUCACGAGAAACACAGUUAUUCAUAAAUCCUUAACUAAGUUUAUAGAAACGUACAUAACAAACUUAAUAGAAAACCCUAACGCACUCUGUAGUAAUAUCUAAUAGGAAUUUAAAAAAAAAACA